GUGAUAGUCUAGUGGUUAGUACUCAGAGCUGAGUAUCUGUGAUAAAUCACUCUUUUAAAGUGGGCUUUACAUGACAAUUCAACUUUGCUAUGAUGUUUAUGUUCAAAUUCACAAAAUACAACAAAGCUAUCUGUACCAUUCAUUUUUGUAAACUAAAUCCUCGAGUUUUCAGUACUCCUUAAUAGUGAUUUAAGUGUAAGGAAGACAUCUGUUCUUGACGUUACUCUAAAGUGUGCCAGUUUAAAGGAUAUUCGUUUAUUUUUCUGAUAUCAAAAUGUAAGGGUUGUAACGUAUCGACGGUUGCGUUAAAAUGAAAUGUAUAUGAUUGGUUAUGUGAUGGUUACAAAUAAUGAGAGACGGGGACUAGUGGACAGACGUUAAAUUUAUUGUAUAGUUGAACGCCUCCGAAGCAUUACCGCUGCAGCCUCGGUGAUGUAAUGCCCAUGACGUCACAUCCGGGAGCGCAAUGGUGAAUGGGGCGGCAGGCGGAGACAAACAGCUGUGGACGAAAAUGUAAUAAAGCCUAUCGUCUGUUAUAUCUGUAAAUGUGGGUUUUUGUGAAAACGUUUAGGGAUUGACGCAGCUAAGCAUCUGAGCAGACGCCGCAUCAUGGCAGCUGAAGAAGAGAGGGGGGUGGUUCGUGUCCGAGUCAAGAAGUGUGAGGGGAUGCUGCCUGUGGAGUUUCGCUCCUUCGCUGUUGACCCCCAGAUCACUUCUCUGGAAGUGCUGCAGCACAUCCUCAUCCGGGCCUUUGAGCUGAAUGGGAAGCGUAACUUUGGGAUUAGUUAUCUGUCUCGUGAUCGUGGUGGUGUGGAGGUGUACCUGUCAUUACUGUCAGACUGGGACCUGGAUGCUGCAUUUGUCAGUGCGGCGAAACCCUACUUGCAGCUGAAGAUGGACAUCAAACCAUCUGAAGACAGCCCCCUGCUGGAAGACUGGGACAUAAUUAGUCCGAAGGACGUGAUUGGCUCCGAUUUGUUGCCUGCAGAACGGAGAUCUCUCGCUGCCGCCGCUCUCCCCUUCACCCAGUCGCUGCUGUCCCAGGUGAGCUGCUUCUUCCCAGCCCCACUGUGUCAUGCCAGCUACUUGCCGAGAUUAACAAGGACGUGUUGGUUCCCUCAGGUUGGCCGCACACUGUCCCGUGUGCAGCAGGCCCUAAGCUGGACCUACGGGGAGGAAGUGAAGCCCUUCAAGCCUCCUUUGAGCGAUGCAGAGUUCCACAGCUACCUCAACGGACAGGGCCAGCUGUCCCGGCCAGAGGAGCUCAGGCUGCGUAUCUACCAUGGCGGGGUGGAGCCCUCACUUCGCAAGGUAGUGUGGCGGUACCUCCUCAAUGUUUACCCCGACGGCUUGACGGGCCAGGAGAGGAUGGACUACAUGAAGAGGAAGACGAGGGAGUAUGACCGGCUGAAGGGGGAGUGGCCGGCACGGGUGAACCCGGAGGACCUGGAGUUUAUCAGGGGCAAUGUGCUAAAGGACGUUCUGCGGACAGACCGCGCCCAUCCCUACUACGCCGGGUCGGAGGACAGCCCGCACCUGGUGGCCCUCACAGACCUGCUCACCACCUACGCCAUCACGCACCCACAGGUGUCCUACUGCCAGGGCAUGAGUGACAUCGCUUCCCCAAUCUUGGCAGUCAUGGACAACGAGGCUCACGCCUUCAUCUGUUUCUGUGGAAUCAUGAAACGCCUGGAGGGGAACUUCCACCCGGACGGCCGCCUCAUGUCCAUCAAGUUCCAGCACCUCAAGCUGCUGCUGCAGUAUUCGGACCCCGAGUUCUACGCCUACCUGGUGUCCCGAGGUGCUGACGACCUGUUCUUCUGCUACCGCUGGCUCCUGCUGGAGCUGAAGCGCGAGUUUGCGUUCGAGGAUGCCCUGAGGAUGCUGGAGAUCACCUGGAGCUCCCUUCCCCCUGAUCCUCCCGAGACGGAGGUAGAGCUGGUGGGGCCACCUCUGGAGACGGAGGCCUUCCACGCUGACGGGGGCGGGGGAGCUCCAGAGCAGGAGGGGGACGGAGGUGACCGGGCGGGGGAGCACAAGGAGCAGCAGCGCAGACGCCACAUGCUGAGGCCCUCGCGGGAAGAGGCGGACGGCGGCGGGCUGCUGGGCUCCGGCGACGACGAGGGCGGCCCCAGGAGGGAGGCGGAAGGGGAAAACGGACCGGCUGAGGUGGCCGGGGAAUCUGAGAGCAGAGUGGUGUCUCCUUUCGAGAAGCAGCUAAGCUUCGGUGAGUUUAAGUACUACAGCGCCCGGCACGAGGACAGCUUCGAGCUGGAUGACGACGUGCCACCUCCCGGGCCGUGGCAGGACUCUCACUCGCCCUCAGCUCCCGCCUCUCGGCAGCCCACAGAGGAGGGCGAGGACGACUCUACGGAGAGGGAGCCUCUUAUCAGGUGUGACGAUAAACUCUCGUCCUCUGAGACCGAAGAGAGAAGCUCCCCGAAUGGCCAAACCGCCUCCCCAGUCUCCCCAAUCUCUCCAGUUUCCCCAUAUUUGCCAAACUGGAGGGACAGUCCUUCCCCUCCUCCAGCCCCUUCCCCCUCGGUGUCCGGCUGGAGACUGGCAUCGCCAGCAGUGCCCACGUCGAAACACGCCCCCUCCUCUUUAUCGAAUGGUGCUAUGUCGUCCCCGGAACGGUCUGCUGGACGCUGCACUGCUUCGUUACCAACGUCAAACGCGACGGCCGGAGCCUCGCCCCUGACCCCCACGGGGAGGCCCUCCCCAUCGCUCUUGUGUACCCCGAACCGUUCACUGCUGUCCUCCCCCAUCUUGUCGUUUGGCAGGGUUCCCUCCCCGCCCAGCUCCACAGCCAACCAGCCCUUCUCUAAUGGCAUGAUUCCCUCUACGUGCACAAAAGUGGCUGCCACGCCUCCGAGCGCCUCCCCGGCCUCCCGGCCCGAGGACGCCCCCGCCAAGCCGGCCUCACUGCCCCCGCCGCAGGAGUUUGGCAAGGGGAACCCCUUCAUGCUCUUCAUGUGCCUGUCCAUCCUGCUGGAGCACCGGGAUCACAUCGUGAAGAACGGCCUGGACUACAACGAGCUGGCCAUGCACUUCGACCGGCUGGUGCGUCGGCAUCACCUGGGCCGCAUCCUGCAGCGCGCCAAGGCCCUCUUCGCUGACUACCUGCAGAGCGAGGUGUGGGACUCUGAGGAGGGCGAUGAGGUCAAUUCGGACUCGCCCACCGUAGGGUCUGCUGCUGGCCACGUGCCCGCUGGCAGGUCGCGCUCGCCCGCUCUGCAGUCCCGGGCGACCUCGCCCAAUUCCACAUAUAACCUCUCUGCCACCAUUGCUUCACCGUCUUCCCCCCUCCAUCAGUCUUUCUCAUCUUCCUGACCCCUCCCCCACCUCCCCGUUUAUGUCGGUAAACACACAGUCACACCUACUGCAGCCUGGCCUUUUUAAUGCUCCAUUUUGGAUCUGCCAGUCGUCACACCAGCCCACCUACGAUCCUGUGUAGGGAGUGAAAAUGUAAUGAUUCUAAUUGGUUGAUUUCUCAUCUUUAGUCUAGCCAGUGAAUUUGAUUAGUGUCCUCAUACAGACAGCUGAGACCUGUGAGGAUGCCUUCCAUCUCUUCUCUAAACUGGCUACGCUGUUUAAAAUCCCAGGAUACUUUUCCCCUUCCUCAGAAUAACGUCUUGGGAAUGUCUGUGACUGGAUUUCCAGGCGCUGGUGUUAAUGAUGCGUUACGUUUGCGGCUUGACCAAAGAUCCCUGUUUUCUGGGAUAUUUCCUCUGUUUGUUUGCACCUCCUCUUCCCUCUUUCAACAUCGAUCUUUAUUUCCCUGGAUUUCACCCCAGGCCCCCCGUUGCUCCGUAGUCACACCAGAUAAGCCAGUACAGGCAAAGAUCUGUUUUUAAAUUGACUAAUGUAGCGGACUGGAAAACAGAUGCUCCCUUCUUAAGCAAUAUGUGCAAUAUUUGAAAGGCCAGUCGUUCGUGGAUUUAUGAGUAUAUCUGAUGGUGAACUCGCACAUCCAAGCACUCAACACUCACCUGCCAUGGGUAUUUUAUUUUAUUUAUUUAUUAUUUUUUGCAUGACAUUUGUGUAUAAACUUUUCUUGCUCCAAUUAAGACAAUCAUCAGUCCCGGUGAUCAAAGAGGAUUGUCUUAAGCACUUUGGCUUUAAGUGAAGACAUCCAAAAGGUUCACAGAAGUUAUUUAUCUGGUAUAAUAGACUUUUGGAUUGGUUUUUACAAAUGUACAGUGUUAUUUCCAGAGAUAAAUAUGGUUUGUUCUAUACAGUUUCUCUGGGAACUCAAAGUAAUUUGUUUAAAAAUUAAAUAAAUACCGAAUAUUGGAACAUUUAGUGCAGUAUGGUUUGUUUGAACUUCUCUGUUGAGUUUGAUGCCUAAGACAUGUUUGAUUGCAUCAUUCUUUAAGUACAGAAUGUGUGUAAGUUUUUUUUUUUUUUUUUUUUUUUUAAAUGAUCCUGAGGGUUGUCAUGCUUCGUUAGUGGUCAAAUUUGACAGAAUGACCUUAGCAAACAAACUAAACAAACAGCUGCUCAUUUUACUACAUGGGCUGUUUCCUGUGGGGGCCGUGGACCCUUUUUAAAAACACGGUGUAAGUCCUACAAAUGACUCCUUGCCCUGUGCAUAGUUUUCAAAUUACUGAAUUCAGACAUUUUAAACAUUGACCUGCCGUAAAGGUAAAAAAAGUCUAUGUCGAAGUAAAGAUUUAUGUAUUAUACGUAGUAAUAUGUACUUAUGUAUAUGGACUGAAAUGUCUUAAAAUCAUGAAAUUGUUAAAUAUAUUUUUAUAUUGCUGACGUUUCACAGGACUAUGAAAAGGGUGAUGUGUAACUGUGUAUCCGUUUCUGGUUAAAUUCAAUUUGUCAUAUUUGACCACUUAUCGAGAUGAGGAAGCUUCCAGAGCGGAAGUGUGGAAUUUUGUAUCUACACGAGGAUGGAAACAAUCUAAAGCAAACAAAAGAAUCCAGACGUAACGAGCCGCGGCUUUUCACGCAUGUCAGAAGGGAUCUCUUUGUUUUAGUUGACUUGGGGCAUUCCAUAGCGGUGCCGCGAGCACGUCCGGCCGUUGCGUUCUCAGUGCGCGUAACUGGCCUCUUACAAAUUUCUCCUGACGGUGCUGCUGUUCUCCAUGGCCCAGCGGCCUCCAUCUGUAGGCCCGUUUCACAUCUGCGUCGCCGUUGGGCAGCAGCCCCUCAGCUUUGUCGUGCGACAGUCAGCGUUCCGAAGACCAAGCAUCACCCUCCUUAGCUGACGGCACGUUUUCUUCACUGCAUUUAUAAAAGUAAAUGUGCCGUCCAAUGUUUUGUCUGCAUAUUUGUAUUUUUUUUAAGCCUUUCGCUCUGUAAUCUCUUAUAUGCCUUUAGCAUAAGGAUAUGAGGUCUGCUAUCCGGUUUUUGUCCCUUCAGUCUUCUAACUUAGCUCUUCCUUCUUGGUUUCACACAUUGUAGUAACUGCGUGAAUGAGGACCAGCUCUCUGCCCUGGAUUUUAUUUUUCCUUCCUUACUUACUGAGAAGGAACCAGAGUACAGAGCCACUCUGCCUCGCCCUGCCUGUGGUGUUUCUGUCUCGCCUCUUUCUCUAUAUGUUAGGCUGAAGUGAGAAUCAUAGUGAUCGGCAGAGGUUGCAAUUGUAAAGUGUCUUUCUGGGUCACUAUCAUUUUGUUGCAUAACUAGGGUUGAACUGGAAUCCUUCACAGUUCUUUGUCAGUACCAUCGUUUUCUUUUCCUUUGCAUUUUCCAUUCCAGGUGUUCAGUGAGGUUCAAAUCUGUCAUUUCAACAAGGACCAAAAAGGACUGGAGGCACUGUAGGCCUUGCAUAGGUGUAGAUGUGCUAUUUAAAACACACGGAUUAUUUACUUCGGUUUCUUUCUCUAUGAGGGUGUUCCAGAUUUCAGCAUUUACGCAACGCUCACUUUACCCGAGUGCAAGCAAUGAACGUAUUUGUACAAUAAAACACUUAAUGAAAUAAA